AUGCAUGACAGGAAGGAGAUUGAGGGACGAGCUGCAGGCAAACAAAUCGUUUACCACGCCCUCCAAGACGCACCUUCAGACUCCACUCCGUCCAAACUCACCGCUCUAGACCAAGAAAUCGAGAACCUCCGCGUCCAGCUCGCCUCGACAAAAGCAAAUGAAAAAUCCCUCCGUUCGGAGCUAGGCACGUUGAAUGCGCGGGUCUCUACGGGGAAGUUGCGUGGCAUUGUGUGCGGGUUGGAGAGGGAGCGGGAGGAGUUGUUGGUUCGUCUUAAGCCAUUGAGGGAGAAGGAUUGGAAGAGGGAAGGGGCGGAGAGUCGGCUUGUUUCUGCGGAAGAGUUGGAGAGGGUUGAAGGGGAAUGGAAGGUGUGGAAGAAUACGGCUGUAGGGAGGAAGAGGAUAUGUAGGGAGAUAUGGGAAAGGUGUUCGGAGGUUUUGCUGGAGGGGAUGAAGGAGGGGGAAGGGAGACAAGAGUUGUGGGAGAGUUUGGGGUUGGAGGGGAGGUUGUAG